GGCGGCGGCGCGCGGCGGCAGACGGGUGCAGCACCCGGCGCUCAGGGCAGCAUCUCCUCCUCCUCCUCCUCCUUUUCCUCCUCCUCCUUUUCCUCCUCCUCCUUUUCCUCCUCCUCCUCCUCCUCCACCUCCUACUCCUUCUCCUCCCGGGAGCUUUGACGGUACCUUCUCCUCCGCCCGGCUCGUCGCCGCCGCCGCCGCCGCCGCCGCGGCGCCCAGACGAAGGGGAGAAGACGCAGCUGGGCCGCCGCCGUUAGAGGGGUCCCCUGCUGCCGCUCGCUCGGUCCGCCGUCGCCUCGGAGGUCGGUCCUCCCGCGGGGUCUCCGCUUCCUCCUCCCAACGCCGGCGCCCGCUCACCGCCGCGAUGGGGCUCCUGGACUCGGAGCCGGGCAGCGUCCUGAACGUGGUGUCCACGGCGCUCAACGACACCGUGGAGUUCUACCGCUGGACCUUGUCCAUCACAGAUAAACGUGUGGAAAAUUGGCCUCUGAUGCAGUCCCCAUUGCCUACGCUUUGUAUAAGUACCCUUUACCUCCUGUUCGUGUGGCUGGGUCCAAAAUGGAUGAAGGACCGAGAACCUUUCCAGAUGCGUUUAGCGCUCAUUAUGUAUAAUUUCGGGAUGGUUUUGCUCAACCUUUUUAUCUUCAGAGAGUUACUCAUGGGAUCAUAUAAUGCAGGAUAUAGCUAUAUUUGCCAGAGUGUGGAUUAUUCGGAUAACGUUCACGAAGUCAGGAUAGCUGCCGCUCUGUGGUGGUACUUUAUUUCUAAAGGCAUUGAGUAUUUGGACACAGUGUUUUUUAUCCUGAGGAAGAAGAACAACCAAGUCUCCUUCCUUCACGUAUAUCAUCACUGUACAAUGUUUACAUUGUGGUGGAUUGGAAUUAAGUGGGUCGCAGGGGGACAGGCAUUUUUCGGAGCCCAGCUGAAUUCCUUCAUCCAUGUGAUUAUGUACUCAUACUACGGGUUAACUGCCUUUGGCCCAUGGAUUCAGAAGUAUCUUUGGUGGAAACAAUACCUGACCAUGCUGCAGCUGGUUCAGUUCCACGUGACCAUUGGGCACACAGCGCUGUCCCUUUACACCGAUUGCCCCUUCCCCAAAUGGAUGCACUGGGCUCUCAUUGCCUACGCGGUCAGCUUCAUAUGCCUCUUCCUCAACUUCUACGUUCGGACGUACCAAGAGCCUGAGAAGGCAAGAACUGGAAAAACAGCUGCCAACGGUGUUUCAGCAAACGGUGUGAACAAAUCAGAAAGCCACCCAGUGGUAGACAAUGGAAAAAAGCAGAAAAAUGGAAAAGCAAAAGGAGAGUAAAGUGAACCGGGCCUCACCUGGUGUCGACAGCGAGGAAGCUCUCUCUUCAUAAAAGAUUUCAGGGAAACCAGAAGUAAAUGAGGGUUUGGGGAUGGGGAGAAAAAGACAAACGCGCUCUAUGUAUUAGUAACCUUUAGAUUGAGUAAAGUGUUAAAUACAACACCCGGAUGUUUUAUUUAUGAAGUUUUUAUUUCAAACACUUUUUUUUUUAUUAGCCUUGAUGUUGUCAGACCAAAGCAAUCAUCACGUGACUUUGGAGGCCCCUCCCCCCUGUUCAUAUUCGUGUGUACAUUGUAUGAGAGUUUUCAUGUCUCUUCAUUCUUCAGACUGAUAAUCACAAAAACAUGGUCUUUAUGCAUUUUUUUUUUUUUUUUGGCUGAAUUGCUCCUUACCUACUGAUGAAAAUCAGUUACCUUCCAUCUUCUGGUCCCAAACUGGAAAUGCAGAUACUUUAAAACGUGCACAUUUGAAUUCAUUUUGCUGACUGGAGUGGUCAAAUCUCUCCACCUCUAGUCUGAAGAUACCCUUUUGGUUGGAAUUAAAUUUUUAAAAUCUGAUGAUCUCUGUAGACUCUUAGAGGCUUGAUGUUGAUGGUGUUGGUGAAAAUAAGAAUUACAGUAAACUCCUGCCCGGCGAGUCAAAGGUCACCGUGACCUGCAGCACAAAUCACUGUGGGAAACAAUUUUUGUGAUGAAAAGGCAGCCUUUCAAUACUCCUGUUACUACCAGAUAUAUAUUAUAAAAAUUAAGAUUAUUGUCUGGAACAUGAAACAACUCAUGUCUCUAUUAGUAACAUCAUAAAGUACUUAUAUUUAUGUGCUGUUAGAAGAGGGUAUGUUGAUUUUUAUCAGGCUUUCCUUGUUUUGAUUUGUGGCUGUUACUGAUUUUUCAUAUGUGGAAAUAUACCUACCUCUUCUGUUGGAA